CUGCAGUAACAGUUAGUUAUUCAUGUUACAGGGCAAGGGUCUCUUUGCCAAAAGGAGCAUAAAGAAGGGAGAAACCAUUUUCAUUGAGCGGCCGCUCGUCUCUGCCCAAUUCCUGUGGAACACUUUGUAUAAAUAUAAAGCCUGUGAAUACUGCUUACGUGCUUUGGAGACUGCAGAGGGGAAUGCGAGAAGACUCAGCGGCAUCCCUGGACUCAGCCUUCCUCAUCCGGAGCUGUGCCGUGUACGCCCAGAACAGCAUCAAGCAUGCCCUCAGUGCCAGGUGAUGUACUGCAGCAGCGAGUGUCGACAGGCAGCGGCAGAUCAGUACCAUCAGGCUCUGUGUCUGGGUGCUUCUGAAGGAGAUCCUGAUCACCCCAUCAACAAGCUCAAAGAUGCAUGGAGGAGUAUGCAUUAUCCCCCUGAGACCUCCAGCAUCAUGCUUAUGGCCAAAAUGGUAGCUAUGGUUAAACAG